GCUUAGCACAAUUACAAAGUCAACACAAAUCCUACAAAAUAUGUUGCUCCGGCUAUAAGUGACUUAUAAAGGAUUGAGUCGGACACUACCGGUCUGCACGAGUGGAACCAGAUCUGGGGGGGACUCAGAAUAAAAUGCCUAAAAGCAAUUCCAUUCCGAUUCCUAAACAGCUGUCGUCUAUUAAAGCUCUAGGGAAAGGCUCGGAUCUGGAGAAGGCGAUGGCCACCACAAUCCUUGUCUACAAUUCCUAUUGUGAUGCUGAUGGAAGAAUUAGUAAGAGCACCGCCAAAGAUCUGCUUCUCACUCAGUUUCAGCACUUCAUACAGGGACAGGAGACUAAGCCCAAAUACAAAGAGAUCGUUUCUGACCUUGAACAGGACAAAGAUGCCAAAAUGAACUAUGAAGAUUUCAUGAUCCUUCUGCUCAGCGUCUCCUUGCUGUCGGAUCUUCUCCAGGAAAUAGGAAAAGUCAAAAAUACCAAAUAAACUGUAAUUAGAAGCCUGUUACAUGGCAACAUUUAUAAUGGAGAACACAGAAGAAGGGUCCCUAUAUAGCACAUUGUGCUCACACAUCUCCUGACAUCAUGUCCUUGAUAACUACUAUCCACUGAUAAACAAUCUGAUGCUGCAUGCCACUCUAUGACAUCACAUCACCUGUCUACAUUUCCCAUCUGAACUAUGUCCACCUAUGAGAAGCAAUCUACAUAUUCUGUGCAAUUCUCCAUCAUCAAAUUUGUUCAAUCCUAACGAAACUGUUCCCACCAAUGAGGAACAAUCUGAUGCUGCAUGCUACUCUAUGACAUCACCUGUCUACAGUUCCCAUCUGAACUAUGUCCACCUAUGAGAAGCAAUCUAAUUCUCUGUGUAAUUCUCCAUCAUCAAAUUUGUUCAAUCCUAAUUAAACUGAGCCCACCAUUGAGGAACAAUCUGAUGCUACAAUUCUCUCUCCUGUAUCACUUACCUUCAAAUCCUAACUAAACCCUCUCUGCCUCUGAAGAGCAAUCUAAUGUUCCAUGUAACUCUCCAUCUUCAGAUAAUGUCCUAUCUUAAUUAAUCCAUGUCCACCUAUGAGGAGCCAAGUAACAGUUUAUGUUAUUCUCGCCUUCAUAUCCUAACUGAACUAUGUUUGCCUAUGAGGAGCCAUCUAAUGUUCUGCGUAAUUCUCCACCAUCAGUUGAUGUGAUAUCCUGCCUUAACCAUGUCUACCUAAUGUUCUGUAUAAACUGAAUCAAUAAACUCAAAUAAACCCA